AUGGCUACCAAUCAAGCUGCUGGAAACAUUACAAGCAGCGCCGAUCGUAUGGCCGGCGCUGACCAUGCUGAAGUUAGAUAUUUCACCAGCUAUGAUCAUCACGGCAUCCAUGAAGAAAUGCUGAAAGACGACGUGCGUACUCGAUCGUAUCGCGAUGCUAUUUACCAGAACAAGCAUCUCUUCAAAGACAAAGUCGUUCUGGACGUUGGAUGCGGAACCGGUAUCCUGAGCAUGUUCGCCAUCCGCGCCGGCGCAAAGCACGUUAUCGGCGUUGACAUGUCGUCCAUAAUUGAAAAGGCUCGCGAGAUUGUUGCUGUGAACGGCAUGGCCGAUAAGAUCACCUUGUUGCAGGGCAAGAUGGAAGAGGUCGUUCUUCCUUUCCCCAACGUUGAUAUCAUCAUAUCGGAGUGGAUGGGAUACUUCCUUCUCUACGAGAGCAUGCUGGACACUGUCCUUUAUGCUCGUGAUAGAUAUCUUGCCCCCGGUGGCAAGAUCUUCCCAGACCAGGCCACCAUUUACGUGGCCGCUAUUGAAGAUGGCGAGUACAAAGAUGAUAAGAUUGGAUUCUGGGAUAACGUCUACGGCUUCAACUACAGCCCAAUGAAGGAGAUUGCUCUCAGCGAGCCCCUCGUUGACACUGUUGAGUUGAAGGCUGUUGUCACCGACCCUUGUGCAGUUCGUACCCUGGACCUGAACACCGUCACAACAGCAGACCUCGCCUUUAGAGUUCCAUACUCGCUGCCCGUAAAGCGCAACGAUUUCAUCCACGCCAUUAUUGCCUGGUUUGACAUUUCAUUUGCCGCUUGCCAUAAGCCGAUUACAUUCUCCACUGGCCCGCACGCCAAAUACACCCACUGGAAACAGACAGUGUUCUACUUGCGCGACGUUCUCACCGUCGAAGAAGAGGAAGUUGUCAAUGGAUUCAUUGAAAACAAGCCCAACUCCAAGAACAAGCGUGACUUGGAUAUCCGACUCUCGUACAACCUCGAGACACAAGACCAGACUCGGUUUGCUCAAGGCCAGUGCGAGUACAAGAUGUAG